AUGUCGGCGAGGCGAGGGGGCAAUCGCAUUCGAGGGCCCCAGAGUGCCCUCACAGAUUUCCUUGCUGCGAACAACAUCUCUGCUGCACAAAUUCGCAACGAGUAUGAACGCCGGCGAGGAACUGCUCAGGAAAACCAAACUGAAACAACUGCAAAUGACACAAUCGACGAUGAAGAGGCAGUCGCAGCUGCGGUCGCGGUCGAUAUUAUCGAGGAGGAGGAUAAAAAAGAGAAAAGUCGAAAGCGCAAGCAUUCCGCCAUCGAGAACAUAAAGAAAGCCAAGGCGUCCGCAAAGAAGGACAGCAAGAAGAAGCGCAAGCACGACGAAUCCGACGAUGACGAUGAUGCUGAUUUCACAAACGACAUUUACAAGAAGGCCCGGCCAGCACCUGGGCAAUUCGAACAUUGUGAGCUCUGCAGCAAGCGCUUUACCGUCACGCCAUACAGCAAGGAAGGUCCGGAAGGUGGCCUCGUUUGCACACCAUGUGGCAAAGAGCUCGGAAAGGAUGCUAAGGCGGAGAAGAAGUCGGCGAGUAAGCCCGCUGGCAAGAAGAGGCGCAAAAUGGAGAGCGAUCGCCUAGAUGGUCUUGCGAUGGGCGGCGCCAAAUCACUCCAGCAAUUAUGUAUCAGCACAGUCGCGAAGCAUCAUGACGAAUUAGAAGAAUUCGGAGAACUUCCGCAAUCAGUCCUCGAGCGACUUAGUGAGAUCUUUUCGAAAAAGCGUGUGCUCACGUCCAAGACACUACCAUUGUUCCUUCGCCCGGAUCUCGAUGCAGUCGUGGUGCAUGAAGCUGCGAAUCUUGCGGCUCAAGAUUAUCAUCAUAUUUUCGCUGUGGUACCCAACGUCGAGAAAAUUGUGCUCGCCAAUGCUUGCCAGCUCAAGGAUGCAGCUAUUGAGUACAUGCUGGAUAAAUGCCACAAUCUCAAACACCUGCACCUUUAUGGUGCAAACUUGGUAUCAGACGAAAUGUGGCUUCGUGCCUUCGAACAAGCUGGUCAGAAGCUCGAGGUGAUCAAGCUAAAAUGGCUAGAUGCAACUUUCGACGACACAGUCGUGCGGGAGAUGAUUGAUCGAUGUCCAAAUCUUACACGCCUCAAGUUGAAGCACUGCCGUCGCAUUGGAGAAGAAGCAUUAAUAGCUAUCUCAGCAGCUGAAAAGUUAGAGCAUUUGUCGCUACGUAUGACUAGCGAGAUUCCAACGCCAACACUACUCAACCUGAUUGCGAAACGUGGCCCAACUCUUCGCACAUUAUCCCUCGAAUUGUUCCUCGAUGCAGAUGACACUGUGCUGACUGCUAUUCACGAUACGUGCAAGCAGCUGUCCAAGUUGCGACUCAGUCCAAACGACACAGCUACAGAUCGAGGAUUUGAGGCGCUUUUCACACAGUGGUCGAACCCGCCACUUACAUCCGUCGAUUUCAAUGCUACGCGCGAUGUGGACAACACAAACCCGCUGGGCCCGGAGGAUGCUAUUGGCCUGGCAUCAUCUGGGUUCAUCGCACUCAUGGCUCAUUCUGGCCCGAAUCUGAAGCAUCUUAACGUUGCAUCCUGUCGCCACAUCGAGCUCUCGGCGUUCUUGGACGUUUUCAAUGGUGCAGUGGAAUAUCCGGAGCUUGAGUACAUCGAUGUUAGUUUCUGCAGCCGCGUGGACAAUAGCGUCAUCGCUGGUAUUUUCAAGAGCUGUCCUGCACUGAAGCGGCUGGUUGCCUUUGGCUGUUUUGACGUGCGCGAAGUGGUCGUCCCACGAAACGUGACCCUGAUCGGUGUCCCACGUGCACAAGACGCGAUCGAGCAGUUCGGUGUUGGCAUUGACGUGGAUGAGGCACUGGGUCGCAUGGCAGAGAUUUGUGCCUGA